AAUCCCAAGACAAUCGAGAAAGAAGAAACUGAGGCUAACUCUAACGUGCCGGGAGACGUUGCCAACAAACCUCUGUAGCAGUUGACCAGAAAACAGCGGAAAGCCAACCAGAAGCCGAUCACGAUGCGGAGUUCACAAACGACAGCGACAUCGAGAACAACGAAGAGACAGCAAUGCUGAGUCAGGACUUUCUGCUGGACCCGUCAGUGACCGUGAAGCAGGUGACGUCAGAGGCUGGCAUCACCGUUCACGACUUCAUCCGAUUCGAGACCGGAGAGAAAGUGCAGGAGGAAGUGAAGCAGGAUCCUGAGCCGAGAGCUCAGCAGAUGCGAGGUUGAAAGUUCGGCUAGGAAGGGUGAUGUAGUUGUAACUAAUGAUUAGCAUAUACAAUAUUUGCUACAUUAGCAGCACCAGGAGAUGGUCCAUAAACAAAUGUUAGCAGGGGUCAUCUCGUCGUGCGGCUACCAUUAUAUUUCCUUGUAACCUAUACUACCCAUUCGUCUAUAUGCUAUACUGGAAAAAGUAUGAAUAGUCUUGUUAUCAUUUAAUUGAUUAUAUCCGUACUUUAUGAUACUUAUGUAUCUCGAAUGGUUUGAAAAUGGGAAUCAAAUUUUCAUCCAGAACUUGAUCCCCACAUCUCAAAAAAUAAAAUGAGACAUUAUGUUGUAAAUUUUUGCCCCACGUAGAAUGUAUGUGGAGAAAGAGCUCUUGAUAAACUAAGAAUAAACAAUAUGAGGUUGUUAAAUUGAACCUUCAAAUGAGAGAGAGUGGAACAAAAGAGAAUUCUGUUUAUUCUUUGAAAUUACUGGGAAUUCUAUUUUUAUUUAAAUCGAAAUAUUAAAAUAAAUGUCCUGCCUUAGUUUAAAUAAUUAUUCAGGACGUGUAUUUAUAAAAUAAUUUUGUUUCUUGGAUUGAACCUUUAUCUUUCGUCUUUGUAGCCUAUUUCAUUAAUAUGAUUAUUUUCAUACUUUUUAAAUUAUUCUGAUUUCAAUUAUUGAUCAUCUGAAAAAUAGUACAUUUUAAAUUAAAGGUCUCUGGUGAUGGUUCGUCAAAAUUAUAUAUUCGUUUUGAAAAUGGUCAACAUUGAAAAAACGAAUGAGUUAACUUGUACAACUUUAUGAUUGUUGAUAAUCUAGAUAGGAGGUCAAUAUUUCAGAUCACUAUUACACAUUUCCGAAAUAGCUUGUAUUGAUUCAAUGAACUAAUUACACGAGAAAUAAAAUCUCUUGAAAAU